GGCGGUCGCGCCUGAAGAAGGUCGGGAUAUAGUCACUUCCGCCGGGGUCGCUCUCUGCAUCCGGGUCAGCUGCUGCCGCUGCAGCUAUAGCUUGGGGACUGGGCCCCGGUCUCCACUGCGGUCCGAGGGGAGCGGGCUCCUCUCGGCCCUACUUCCUGCGCCCUGGCCGUCAGCCCCACGUCGCCGGCCUGGAGGGGCGAAGAAGACGAGGGAGCCAGGGCUUCCUCCGGGGACAUUGGCUCUCUGGAUUAUCAGGAGUUUGUGGCUGAUAUUGAAUCUAAGCUGAGGAUGGAAGGUGUGGAACUUAAAGAAGAAUGGCAAGAUGAAGAUUUUCCAAUACCUUUACCAGAGGAUGAUAGUAUGGAAGCAGAUAUACUAGCUGUAACUGGACCGGAGAGCCAGCCUGAAGUUAAUGGAAAUAAAGUAAGAAAGAAACUCAUGGCUCCAGACAUUAGCCUGACCCUGGAUCCUAGUGAUGGCUCUGUGCUGUCAGAUGAUUUGGAUGAAAGUGGGGAGAUUGACUUAGAUGGCUUAGACACACCAUCAGAGAACAGUAAUGAAUUUGAGUGGGAAGAUGAUCUUCCAAAACCCAAAACUACUGAAAUUAUUAGAAAAGGCUCAAUUACUGAAUACACAGCAGCAGAGGAAAAAGAAGAUGGACGACGCUGGCGUAUGUUCAGAAUUGGAGAACAGGACCACAGGGUCGAUAUGAAGGCAAUUGAACCCUAUAAAAAAGUUAUCAGCCAUGGAGGAUAUUAUGGGGAUGGAUUAAAUGCCAUUGUUGUGUUUGCUGUCUGUUUUAUGCCUGAAAGUGGUCAACCUAACUAUAGAUACCUGAUGGACAAUCUCUUUAAGUAUGUUAUUGGCACUUUGGAGCUGUUAGUAGCAGAAAACUACAUGAUAGUUUAUUUAAAUGGUGCUACAACUCGAAGAAAAAUGCCCAGUCUGGGAUGGCUCAGGAAAUGCUACCAGCAAAUUGAUAGAAGGUUACGGAAAAACCUAAAAUCACUAAUCAUUGUACAUCCCUCAUGGUUUAUCAGAACACUUCUAGCUGUCACAAGACCCUUUAUUAGCUCAAAAUUCAGCCAAAAAAUUAGAUACGUCUUUAAUUUGGCAGAACUAGCGGAACUUGUCCCCAUGGAAUAUGUUGGCAUACCAGAAUGCAUAAAACAGCACUGGUGUACACUUGCCAGACGGAUAACUGAAAUUAAAAAUAUAAUCUGUAAUUGUAUAAUGAAGCCCGCUGCUUCAUGGAUUUCAAAAUGAAUUGCCUUUGUUGAUAAAAUCUGCUGAAUUGUGCCUUUUUACAAAGUUCUUAGUAUUUAAUUACCUGGAAUUUAGGGAUCAGAAAAAUAGUGGAACUAUACUUUUUAUUUAAAUAUAUUGUUUGAUACCUACCAAUACUAUUUUAUCUUGAUUUUUUUUCUUCUUUUUUUACUUUUGUUUAACCAUAAUAGAAUCAUUACAUAUAUCUUUCAGGUACUUCUUAGUUUUUGCACAAAGUUUGUUAGUCUUAAAAAAAUAAUAAAUCCUUGUCAGCUUGAAAAUGGUAACAUUCAAGUUUUAAAAAUAAAGGAGCAUAUUUUUUAAAAAAUGUAACAGAGGCUCUAUGUGGAGGAGCUUACUUAAGGUGCAAUCUCUUAUGAUGAAUACCGAGAAUAAGGAGGAUUCAAAACUGAGUGUGCAAGCAUAGUAGUUUUAAGUGUUGUAGAUGUUUCUUUCAAGCAGCUCAGUGCAAGUGUGGCCAGAGAGAUAGCAGUUGUUAAAAUGUUUGAAUGUAGUUUAAAACUAAAGUAAUUGUGAAAUUAGUUCAUAAGAACUAAUUCAACAUAUUUCAGAUGUUGAAAAGACUGGAUGUAUAUUGCAUGUCUUAUCGAGACUAUAUACCUCUCAUAUUUUUGAUACCAGCAUAAAAAAGGUUUUUAAAUGUUAUUAAUCUGGCUUUACCACAGACCAAGACUUUUAGGUCUCAUUCACUACUGUUCAGGGGAUCCUAGUAAUGGGUGGUGAUGAUCAUAGUAAUGGAAACAAGUGUGAAAAGUGUCUUCAUAUAUUAUACCAAAUUGUUUUAAACUCCCCUCCAUCAGUAAUUCAAACUGGUACAAAUAUAAUAGUAAUAGACUGUUGUACAUUAUCUUUAAGGGGUUGUUUAUAAUUGUGUUGUAAUUACAUAAUUCUUCUAAUCCCCACUUGCCUAAAUUUUGAUAUGAUCUCUAUGCAGCCCACUACUAAUCCAGUUCGAUUUUUAACCACAUCUAGAUAUUUCCAAUUAUUAAAUUUGAUGGCCUCUUACUAUCAAAAUAAGUGGAAGGCAUUUAUAGUCUAUGUAUACCAAUAAAUUUUGGAGAAUAGUUUCUAUAAAUAUGCAUUUUUAUCACUGAAUUUAAAAACAUUGGUCAAUUGGUGGCAUUAGUGGCAUUUUAGUAUUUCAGUUAACAGACUCCUUUUUUAGGGAGUUAUUUUUCCUGCCACUCUCUCAUCACUUAGAUUCCAGCCAUGCUACAGUUUAAGAUUUUAAUAUACCUGUUAUAAUUUGAACUUUUUUUUAAG